AUGGAUGCUUCGAUCCUCCAGUUUAGUGGCUCUUUCUUAUUUGCCAGUGAUCUGCGAGUUGUACGAAGCGAUCUAGCCAUGCGUCGAUUACACCCUAUCUUCUGGUUUGCUUCUUUGAAGUGCCUUGCCGCGGCAGAUUCUUGGUCACCACCGGACGGACCGUCUCUGUACGGAAAUGGCUCCUACGCCACGGACGUUCUUAUGCUGGCGGGCAAUGAGACGUGGACGAACCACCCGGACAACGAGGACACCUUUGGCAAUGACACCCACAUUUUCAAGAAGCGUGCCGAGGAUUUAUACUUGCGGAUCCUUCCUCUCGGCGCAUCAAUUACCAGAGGCGUCCCGUCGAGUGACAACAACGGCUACCGCAAGGCGUUGCGCGAACAACUAAGGUUUGAGGGCUGGAAAGUUAACAUGGUUGGAUCCAAGCAGGAUGGUAUUCACUGGAACGGAGGAUGUGAUGUGCUUGUCCAAAACAAGGCUACUGGGACUCUGACAUUGUACGAGAACAAUUACGAUGCUGGCGCGAAGGCACUCACGUUCAGCAACCGGGGCGUUGUUGCGAACACUGGCUGCACAGAGGGCUGGGGUGCGGGUAUCUUUGAUAGGGGCAUGCGCUUGGCAGACAUUGAUGGUGACGGGCGAGCCGACCCUAUUUGCAGUGAGAUAAGUGGCGGCAUGACUGCCUGGCUCAAUAGACAGGGCGGCCUUCUCGAUGCUGGCCAGAUCAAAUUCGCAGAGUCAUGGGAUCGUGCUAAUAUACGCUUUGCCGACGUGGAGAACUCCGGGAGAGCUGACAUCAUCUGGAUGAACAAAUAUACUGGAGUCAGCACAGUCUUCAAGAACAAUGGCUAA